GAACCUGGCAUUCGUUAGAAAUCUGGUUUGUGAGAUCCAAGAUGGCGGCCAGCAGGAGGCUGAUGAAGGAGCUUGAAGAGAUCCGCAAAUGUGGAAUGAAAAACUUCUGUAACAUCCAGGUUGAUGAAGCUAAUUUAUUGACUUGGCAAGGGCUUAUUGUUCCUGACAACCCUCCAUAUGAUAAGGGGGCCUUCAGAAUUGAAAUCAACUUUCCAGCAGAGUAUCCAUUCAAACCACCCAAGAUCACAUUUAAAACAAAGGUCUACCACCCUAACAUCGAUGAGAAGGGGCAGGUCUGUCUGCCAGUAAUUAGUGCUGAAAACUGGAAGCCAGCCACCAAGACUGACCAAGUAAUCCAGUCCCUCAUAGCACUGGUGAACGACCCCCAGCCUGAGCACCCACUCCGGGCUGACCUAGCUGAAGAAUACUCUAAGGACCGUAAAAAAUUCUGUAAGAAUGCUGAAGAGUUUACAAAGAAAUAUGGGGAAAAGCGACCUGUGGACUAAAAUCUGCCAUGAGUGAUUCCAGCAAGUUUGAGCAGAGACCCCGAGCAGUGCAUUCAGAUACCCCGCAAAGCAGGACUCUGUGGAACAUUGACACGUGCCACCACCUGGCGUCCGCCUGUGGCAGUUACUAACUUUCUACAGUUUUCUUAAUCAAAAGUGGUCUAGGUAAUCUGUAAAGAAGGAUUAAAAAAUUCAGAUGUUCUAAAAAAAAAAAAAGAAAGAA